AUGACGGUUGUACGGAGACGUCGGUAUCGUGAGUCACGCCAAGCUGCUGUCGGCUUUCACACCGAUUGGUUUGUUGCGUGUCGCAGGUCAACAUACUCUCCUCCCCCUACGGAGGAGGAGGAUGUGGAGUAUUGGCGUAGAAAAUGUGAGGAAACGGACAGAGAAGCAGAGGAGUAUCGAGAGAGCUGCCAGAUGAUAGAGAAAGAGCUGGAGAUGUCGCUAGAGCAAGCAGAACAGCAAGUGCGGGAGCUGAGAUCUAAGUGUAACAGGCUGCAGUUUGAGAACGAGAAUCUCAGAGAAAAAGUUGAACACAGACAACAAGAGAAGGUUUCCCAGAUUCUGGAGCUGCAGGAGGAGGUGGCACAGAGUCGAACGAGAGAAGAACAUUACCGCAAAUAUAUCCGGGAACUUGAGCAAAAGAAUGAUGAUCUGGAGAGGGCACAGACCAUGUAUGUGUCACUGGAAAAAUUUGAGACCAAACUUAAUGCUUCCAUAGAACGGAAUGUUCUUCUGGAGUCUGAGCUUGACGAGAAGGAGAGUCUUAAAGUCAUGGUGCAGAGGUUGAAAGAUGAAGCUAGAGAUCUGAAGCAAGAAAUCCAAGUGAUACAGAGCUCCAAGAUGACAUCGGGGAGUCGCAAGUCCUCCGUAGCCUCACCCCUGGACUCCAACAAGCUGCUUGAAUCAACGGUACCAUCCCUGACGCCCUCCUCUGUCAAAAGCACCAACCCAACCUUGGGUAGAGCUUCGACGAUGGACAUUGUAGGAGACCUGUUGAGAAAAGUUGGGGCGCUGGAAGCGUGCUGGGCCCAUAACCCAGAGGUCCGUGGAUCGUAA